UUUCCCCUGCACAGCACAGCACAGCACAGCAUCCGGGUAGGUAAGGGUUAAAUGGCGUGUGGCUUUGGAGGCGGAGGCGCUGCUACAUGAGCUCUAAGGUGUUGUGAGCUGGUUAGGAAGCUGAAAAGAAAAGAGUCAGGCGACUUCGCACACAGCACACGUCCUGAACUAAUGGCGUUCCCAAGCCGCUCAAACGUUCAGCUUUAAGCGUUUUCAAGCAUCCGUAGUGGCACUUGAACGCAGCAUGGAGGAGCAAGCCCAUGUUCAGGAGGACCUGGCGAGCCUGGCAGAUUUGGAUGAGAAGAGUUUACUCGAAUCACUGACUACAAGAUUCAGCCACAGUCAUAUUUAUACCUACAUUGGGGAUAUUCUGGUGGCUGUGAACCCCUUUAAACAACUCCCACUCUAUGGAAAAGAGGUGUCAGAGAAGUACAAAUGCCAUGAGAAAACAGCUUUACCUCCACAUAUAUUUGCUGUAGCUGAUAGAGCAUACCAGUCCAUGUUAGGCCGUCUGGCCACGGGGCCGAAAAACCAGUGCAUCGUCAUCAGUGGUGAAAGCGGAGCAGGAAAGACGGAAAGCACAAAGCUUUUAUUGCGGCAGCUUAUGGAGCUUUGUCGAGCAAACUCUCAGCUCGAGCAGCAGAUCCUGCAGGUGAACCCUCUUCUGGAGGUGUUCGGGAAUGCCCAAACAGUCAUGAAUGACAACAGUAGUCGGUUUGGAAAGUAUAUUCAGCUGCGCUUUCAGAACUCUUCAGUAAAAGGAGCCAAAAUCAACGAGUAUCUACUGGAAAAGUCCCGCGUGGUCCACCAAGAUGAAGGCGAGAGGAACUUCCACAUCUUCUACUGCAUGCUUGCUGGCAUUUCUUCACAAGACAAGGAGAUGUAUGGCCUCCUGGACCCUAGUCAAUACCGUUACCUGAACGGGCAGUUUGGCCAGGGUGAUAUGGUGCAGCACUGGAGUGAAAAGUACAAUGAAGUGAGCAAUGCCAUGGAUAUGGUGGGCUUCGAGGAGCAGGAAAAGGUGGACAUGAUGACUAUCCUAGCCGGGAUCCUAUCUCUGGGAAAUAUCACGUUCGAGCCAACUGAGAAUGACGCCCUGAAAGUGAGCAAAACUUCACAGGGCUGGCUUAAAGCCACCGCGGGUCAGUUUGGUGUUCAGGAGGAGGACCUGAUGAGGUGUCUUACCUGCACUAUGUCAGUAACAAGAGGGGAAUCCAUCCACCGCUUCCACAACCAGCAACAAGCUGAAGAUGCCAGAGAUUCGAUCGCCAAAGUGGUGUACGGCAGAGUGUUUGGCUGGAUUGUUAGUAAAAUCAACGAGCUGCUGGCGCAUAAACUGGAUACGAAUGUUGAGCUGAGUGAAAUAGGUAUUCUCGACAUCUUUGGGUUUGAGAACUUUUCUGUGAACCGAUUUGAGCAGCUCUGCAUUAAUCUUGCAAACGAGCAGCUACAGUAUUUUUUUAAUCAUCACAUUUUUCUAAUGGAGCAGAACGAGUACAAAGAGGAGGGCAUCCAGUGGGAGACCAUCACCUUCAAGGAUAACAAACCAAUUCUGGACCUGUUCUUAACGAAGCCGAUUGGGAUUCUGUCCUUGCUGGAUGAGCAGAGUGCCUUUCCUCAGGCCACAGAUGGAAACUUUGUAGACAAGCUGAACAGCAAAUUCAAAGCCAAUCCCCACUUUGAAGUGGUCCGGAGCCAUAGUCCUCUCUUUACUGUUGUGCACUACGCUGGAAAGGUGCAGUAUAAUGCCAGCGGCUUCCUGGAAAAGAACCGGGACAAUAUUCCAGCCAACAUUCGCACUCUCUUCAUCAACAGUGUUACACCUCUCCUCAGUGUCCUCUUUGCUGCCACAAUUUCCAGAACUGGGACAUUGAUGCCACGGAAAGCAAAGAUGGUGAACUUUGUAGAUGAUAACUUCAACUCGACCAGGAAGCAGUCUGUAGGCACACAGUUCAAGCAUUCCUUGGCUGUAUUGAUGGAGAAGAUGUUUGCCGCCAGUCCGCACUUUGUGCGAUGCAUCAAACCCAACGGCAGCAAGCUGCCCGAUCAGGUGGACAGUAAGCUCAUCAUGGAUCAGCUGAGGUACAACGGCCUGCUAGAGACAAUCCGCAUUCGGAGAGAAGGUUUCUCCUGGCGACCAACUUUUAAAGAGUUUGCACAGAGGUACAACAUCCUGCUGCUUAAACCGGAUCUGCCUUUGGACAAAGAAAGCUGUAUGUCGAUUCUUAAUACCACAGAGCUGCAUGGUUGGAGAUGUGGGUCAUCCCGGUUAUUUUUUAAAUACUGGCACCAGGAUGAGUUGGCCCGUCUCCUAGAGAGGCUUGGGAAGGCUGCUGUUGUCAUUCAGAAGAAUUACCGUGCGGUGAGCUGUAGGAAAAAGUACUUGGUCCUGCUGGCUGAGGUUAAGAGGCAACAGCAGGCGCAGCGAGAGAGGGAAGAAAGGGAAGAAGAGGAGAGACGGAGGCAGGAGCUUCUGGAAGAGGAAGCGAGGAACAAGCGUUUGCUUGUGGAGCAAGAAAACAAGAGGCCAGUUUCUCCCCCAGUUCCUCUACCCAGGAAGAAGAAACCUCAGCCCAGACCUCGGGCCAUACUCGCUGCAAUUGCCCUCGCGCCUCAUCUAACGCCUGUACCUCGGCCACGCAGUAAGCAGUUUGAGGCGACUCCAUUUGAUAACGACGUGCAAGAGAACAGUGAUUUGAUGACCCUUCUGGCUCAGGAGGUGGAUGAGGAGUGGGCCAAUGAGAAAAGGAAGAAGAGGAGCAACACUAUUCGGUGGUUCAAAGAAACACAGGCCCGCAAAGUGGCCAAAAAUGGCACUUUCCCUUGCUGGUUCCAUGGCAUGAUUACUCGGAGGCAAGCUGACGAUCUGUUGACUGAAAAGCCUCUUGGCUGCUUUUUGAUUCGAGUGGGACAAAGUCGAGAAGGAUAUACACUUACAUACAGGGGAGCUGACCGGCUUCGUCACUACAUGAUCGAGAUGCAGAGUAACGGGAAGUACGUGAUCCUUGGCGAGGACCGGGCACAUGCCUCCCUGAUUGAACUGGUCCAAUAUCACACGCACGUGGGAAUCAAGCCCUUUAUGGAGCGCCUCACUGAGCCGUGUGGACAGACAUGUGACCAUGUCCCAGACUAUGAAGAGCUGAAGGCAUUGCUUGGGCCUGGUCCAUCUGACAGCAGCAACACAGACUCGAGAGAGAACAACCAUAAAGAUACGGACUACGUCCACGUCGAAAUGCAGAGGCUCUUUCAGCCCCCGGGACAGACCGCGGAACUGGAGGCUCCGAAAGCCCCUGUCCUGAGGCGCGUGUCGGACAGAUACAGACGUGUAGACGAUGCUGAGAUACAGCAGAAAGGAGACGAGGAUGCAGAGAAAGGCAGACCUGUCCCCCGCCUCUACCCUUCCAUCCGAUUAGCCAUGAGGGAGAUCCAACAGCAGUUUUCAGCCAACCAAAAGCAAAACUCCGUAACCUCCCAAAACCCCUGGGCACCCUGGAGGAAGAAAGAUUCCUAACGGAAGGAAGGAUGACAACAUGGGUUUUUUUUUUUUGUUUUUUUUUUACAUCAAAAUGUGAACGGCUGAACUUGCGAGAGGAGGAUUUUACGUGAAUGGGACUUGAACAAACGGCGGGACGUUCCUCAUAAGGCGAACUUUUAGAUUUUUGUUUACCAGGGUCUAUUUGGAUUAGAGCUUAUUCAUUAUUUUUAAGUAGUUAUUUAAUUUGUAAAUUAUGUAUUUGAUGGCAUGGGACACUUAAUAAACACUGUCUGGUUUUGAAUACUACAGCCCAGAGUGCUGGAAGUAAUCAUAAAUGA